AUGCCAAUGACAACUGCAGCUCCUACCACCAAUUUACCUCAUUCGACAACCACAACUGUAUCACCUACGACAAUCACAACAACAUCCACUACAACAACUGCAGCACCUACUACGUCAAUCACAACUGCAGGUCCUACUACCAUUUUAACGACAACCACAACUGAAGCUCCUACAGACAUCACAACUGUAGCUCUUAUGCACCCCACAAUUGCAACUUCAACUACAACUGUAGCAUCACCUACAACAACAACUGCAGAUGCUUCCACAACUACUACUGCAGCCCCUACUGCAACCACAACUGAAGCUUCUUCUACACCAACGACAUCAGCAACAACAGUCCCUACGACAACUGCAGCUAAUACUUCAACUGUAGCUCCUACAAUGCCCAUGACAACUGCAGCUCCUACCACCAAUUUACCUCAUUCGACAACCACAACUGUAUCACCUACGACAAUCACAACAACAUCCACUACAACAACUGCAGCUUCUACAAUGUCAAUCUCAACUGCAGGUCCUACUACCAUUUUACCUCCUAGGACAACCACAACUGAAGCAAAUACAGACAUCACAACUGUAGCUCCAUCAACACCAAUCACAACUGCAGGUCCUACAACCAUAUUAACUCCUACGACAACCACAAGUGUAGCUCUUACAGCAACCACAACAGCACCUACAACGCCAAUCAAUUCUGCAGGUCCUACUACCAUUUUACCUCCUACGACAACCACAACUGAGGCUAAUACAGAAAUCACAACUGUAGCUCCUAUGACCCCUGCAAUUGCAGCUUCAAAUACAACAACUGUAGCUCCUACGACCACAACAACUGCAACAGUUCCUAUAACAACAACUGUAGCUGUUUCCACAAACACAACUGCAGAACCUACUACCUUCUACUUCAACAACUGUAGCUCCCACGACAACUGCAGCAGCUCCUACAACAACAACUGUAGCUGCUUCCACAAACAAAACAGCAGCACCUACUAUGUCAAUCACAACUGCAGCUUCAACUACAACAACUGCUGCUCCUACGACCACAGCUGCAGCAGCUCCUACAACAACAACUGUAGCUGCUUCCACAAACAAAACAGCAGCACCUACUACGUCAAUCACAACUGCAGCUUCCACUUCAACAACUGUAGCUCCCACGACCACUACUGCAGCUGCUUCCACAACUACUACUGCAGCCCCUACUGCAACCACAACUGA